CGAUGCUUCAGUUACGCGCUUGCCGUUGUCGCGAGUAUGCAAUAAGAAGAGAAAGAAAGUAGUUUUCGAUAAUUUUAUCGCAUAAUCGUACUAGUUGCAACGUUCACUGUUCUUUUUCUUUCUCUGCAUCUCUCUCUCAUUCUCUCUCUCUUUUUUCUGUUUCUUUCGAUUUUUCAUUAUCGAGUAAAAACGAACGAAAAGAAAUUCUUUGUGAACAAUUUACGUUCAUCUCGUCGCGUUCCAUUAUUACAGUGUGAAGCUGGAUGACCAUCGUUGUCGAACGUUACUUGAAAGAGUGGUGAACGAUGAGCCAAGCGGAUCAGGACAAAGAUAAAAGUAUGGACAAAAAGGAAAUUGCGGAGGAGGAGAGGGAGAAGAUGCUAAACGCCGAGAACACUAAACAUACCGGUGCUGCACCUGCAUCUGAUUUAGAAUCCGAGGAGAAUAAACCGAAGAAGAAGAUACCAAUUGGCGGUAUCAAGAUGCCAGGAUUUUGUCGUACCAAGAGCAAGGAACCAUGCAAGGACGAUGAAACCAAACCCGCUGAAUUGACAGAUACAGAAACUACAGCUGUUAUGACAAAGGAAAACGAACAAAAUGCGUCUCCUGCUCCUGAGAAACCAACAACCCCGGCAAAGGACUCAAAGGAGAAGGAAGGACGAAAGGGCAUUCUAAAUGCCAUUAGAUUACCGCUAGUAUCCGUAUUUCCUAGAAAGAAGAAUAAGGAUGGAGAUGCUGACUUGGGAACGACUGGUACCGCUGGUUUGGCCAGUAUCGAAACCCUUGAUGACGGUGGGACAGAAAAAAAUCCUAUCGCUAAUGAGGAUGGCAUGGAAACGGUACGUUUAGAUAGCGACGCUGCUGAUGGAGCAGAACUUCCAAAACGUCAAGUCUGUGCAGUUUGCGUGAGAGCUGCAAGGCGAAAUUUAUUUGCCUUAGCUGCUUCAUUGUGUAUUCUACUGUCGGUGAUUAUUAUCAUAUGUGUCGCUUGUAAUGGACCAAGAAGAAGCGCUAAUCAAUCUCAUAAGACCGGCAAGUACAUAGAAGCGGUAACAUCAUGUGGACCCAUACAAGGUGUCUUAGAAGAUGGUGCAUACGCUUUUCGUGGAAUACCAUAUGCUGUCCCACCAGUUGAAAAUCGUCGAUGGCAAACCGCUGAACCGCUCAGUAGACUCGAACACUGUUGGAACGGAACUUAUUUGGCUCACAAUGCCUCGGAGAUGUGUUGGCAACGUGAAACUUCCGGUAGAAUUGACGGGGUCGAGGAUUGCCUCUAUCUUGAUGUAUUUACGCCAGACGUACGAUAUGAUUCACCUUUACCGGUAGUAGUCAUGAUCGGUGCGGAAACUUUAAGCGGUUCAUCGCCUGGUGUAAUGCAACCAUCGGCAAAACUCGCUCGUGUUCGUGAUAUGAUCUUCGUCAGACCUAACUUUCGAUUGGGAAUUUUCGGAUUCUUAGCGACCGAACCACUUUCUCGAGCUACACAUCCACCUACGUCCGGUAAUUACGGACUCUCGGACAUCAUAGCCGCCCUACAAUGGGUUCAAUUGAAUAUCCAGUAUUUUGGUGGCAACAAAACUUCCGUAACUCUUUGGGGUCAUAGAGCUGGUGGUACUUUAGUCACGACACUCGUAGGAAUACGAAAAACUCGUAAUCUCUUUUCGAGAGUCUGGGUCUCAAGCGGUAGCGCAAUUUUCCCUCGUAAAGAGCUUAAAAAGUCUGAACAACAGAGCGAACAGUUUCUUAAUUCCAUUCGAUGCACGGAUGCGAAUUGUUUGCGUAGCAAGGGUGCUGAAGAUCUGAUAGAUGCCGUACCGGAAACUUGGCACAGUAGCUUUGUUGGGCUGCCGGAAACGAGAGAGACUUUGGCGAGGGAUCGAAUGCACGAGUGGCUUGUUCUAGAUGGUGCUAUCUUACAGGAACAUGUUGGUGAGAUUUGGGUGAGGGACGAGUUGCCUGUUAAGGUCGUUAUGGGUACCACUGCCCACUCCGGAACUCCGGCACGAUAUCUCUCUUCGGAUGUUAUUUUCAACUCCACUCAAAUAGAAAAGAUCAUUCGUGAAUCUUUAUUAGGCACUAGCGGAUUAGCGGAUGAAGCUCUCAGACGAUACAACGCUACUUUUGAAGGUCUGGUUAGAAUGAUAUCGGACAUACGAGUGGUCUGUCCAUUGAUGACAGUUGCCAGCAUGAAAUCGAAUGUUCCAUUCUAUGUAGCAACUCAGCCACGUGGAAACUUGGCAGAUCCUGAUAGCGAUGCAGCAGCUAUACUUGGUACUUAUGCUGCAAGAACGCCAGAAGAAAAAAGGCAUGUAUCGGCAAUGCAACAGUUGUUCAAUCAUUAUGUAUGGCACGGAGAAGUAGCUCAAGCUGAUCCGUCAGGUGCGAAUAGAGUUCUGAUUGUUAGUCAGGAUCCCUUACCGCAGCACGAUUAUCCAAAUUGCGAUUUUUGGAUACAAAAGGAUAUCGUUCCCUUGUAUGGGCGAGUCGAUUAAAUUUCAUUGUUGUCCUGAUCUUCGUAUAAGGUCCAAUUUAUUUAAGAAUCUUCAUUGGAAACACGCGUUAUCCGUUGAAUUUCCAUGAACGAAGGAUUCUUUUCAUGAGGUUAUAUACAUUGACAUUUAAAUAGAUAACUAAUUAAUGUUUUAUGAGAUACGAAAUAUUACAAAAAAAAAAAAAAAAGGAAAGAAAAAAAUCGUACCUCUGUAACAUGACGAGCAACAGUAUCUAUUAGGAUUGGCGAUUAAAUAAAGCGGAACGGUGAAA